AUGAAGACCUGUGCUGUGCAUAGCUGUGGUCAAUGCCGUGACAUCUGUGGUCAAUGCCGUGACAACUGUGGUCCAUGCCGCGACAUCAGUGGUCAAUGCCGUGAAAUCUGUGGUCCAUGCCGCGAUAUCUGUGGUCCAUGCCGUGACAUCUGUGGUCAAUGCCGUGACAUCUGUGGUCAAUGCCGUGACAUCUGUGGUCCAUGCCGCGAUAUCUGUGGUCCAUGCCGUGACAUCUGUGGUCAAUGCCGUGACAUCUGUGGUCAAUGCCGUGACAUCUUUGGGCCAUGCCGUGACAUCUGUGGGCCAUGCCGUGACAUCUGUGGGCCAUGCCGUGACAUCUGUGGUCAAUGCCGUGACAUCUGUGGGCCAUGCCGUGACAACUGUGGUCCAUGCCGCGACAUCAGUGGUCAAUGCCGUGAAAUCUGUGGUCCAUGCCGCGAUAUCUGUGGUCCAUGCCGUGACAUCUGUGGCCCAUGCCGUGACAUAUGUGGUCCAUGCCGUGACAUAUGUGGUCCAUGCCGUGACAUCUGUGGUUCAUGUCGUGACAUCUGUGGUCCAUGCCGUCACAUCAGUGGUCCAUGCCGUGACAUCUGUGGUCCAUGCCGUGACAUCUGUGGUCCAUGCCGUGACAUCUGUGGUUCAUGCCGUGACAUCUGUGGUCCAUGCGGUAGCCUGCUCAGCACCUCCUGCUCAGCACCUCCUGCUCAGCACCUCCUGCUCAUCACCUCCUGCUCAGACCUUCCUGCUCAGCACCCUCUGCUCAGCACCCUCUGCUCAGCACCUCCUGCUCAGCACCUCCUGCUCAGCACCCUCUGCUCAGCACCUCCUGCUCAGCACCUCCUGCUCAGCACCUCCUUGUCAGCACCUCCUGCUCAGCACUUCCUGCUCAGCACCUCCUGCUCAGCACCUCCUGCUCAACACCUCCUGAUUAUCAUCAGAACCUAA